CAGGGCAGGAGGACGAGGUCAUUAGCAGGGUAAUUAAUUACAAGGACGUGCCUGAUGUUGACCCUCUGCUCUGACAGCCAGAGCCACAGCAAAGACAGAAAUCCAGGGAGUGCUCACUCUGGGACACCACUCUCACCAGAUGCAAUACUGAAGGUCAGGAGACAGAAUCUUUAAAAAAAGUGAAAGACUUAUUUUAAAAGAGGAAGUUUAGGGAAGAUAAGUAACUGUUCCAGGCACACAAAACCAAACACACCCCUCCCUUGCUGACACCCACUCAGACACACUGCAGAGGAGACCAGAGCACAGCAAUCCUCAGAGGAAAACAGAAGCAGAAGCUCACAGUGCAUCAUCUGGAACCUGCAGCUGUGGCUGGCUAAGAAAGCAGCCUGGAGCCAGAGCAAGGGAGAAGAAAUACCACCAUGGCAAUGAAAGCCACAACCCAGUUCAGCCCCUCCAGGAAUGACAGCAACUGCACCAGCGACAGCAGGAUCAGCCAAGUCAUCUUCCCCCUGCUCUACACAUUUCUGUUCCUGGUGGGCAUCACGAUGAACAGCCUGGCAAUGUGGGUCUUCUUUAAAAUAUCCAGUAAAUCCUAUUUCAUUAUCUUCCUCAAGAACACUGUGAUUUCUGACUUCCUCAUGAUCCUGACUUUUCCAUUUAAAAUCCUGAGUGACGCCAAGCUGGUGUCCUGGGUCCUGCGAGGGUUUGUGUGCCAGGUCACCCAGGUGGUGUUCUACUUCACCAUGUACAUCAGCAUCCUGUUUCUUGGUCUGAUAACCAUUGAUCGCUACCAGAAAGCCACCUCACCCUUCAGAACCUCCUCUCCACGGAGCCUCCUGGCCGCCAAGGUCCUCUCCUCUGCAGUCUGGCUGGCAAUGUUUGCUCUCUCGCUGCCCAACAUGAUUCUAAGUAACAAGAAGAAAACACCCAGGAACGUAAGGAAGUGUGCUCUCCUGAAAUCAGAGUUUGGCUUAGUCUGGCAUGAAAUUGUAAACUACAUUUGUCAGCUCAUCUUCUGGGUUAACUUAGCAGUCAUAGUGGUUUGUUACAUCCUGAUCAGCAAGGAACUCUACAAAUCCUACAAAAGGACUCGCUGCACAGGAAAGGCAUCUAAAAAGACUGUCAACCUCAAGGUUUUCAUAAUAAUUGCUGUGUUCUUUGUUUGUUUUGUGCCAUUCCACUUUACCAGAAUCCCCUACACCUUGAGCCAAACCAGGGAUGUGUUUGACUGCUCUGCUCGGAACGCUCUGUUCUACCUGAAGGAGACCACGCUCUGGCUGACGUCCCUCAAUGCCUGCCUGGAUCCCUUCAUUUACUUUUUCCUGUGCAAAUCCUUCAGGAAAUCCUUGCUGGACAUGCUGUGCAAGCACAGGGCAGUGUCAGGGCUCGGGGCACAGGGGAAGAACGAGGGGGAUGACUCUGACGAGACCCCGCUCUAGAUCCCAGGGCCCCACUCCCCUUCCUGGCCACCCACCUUCCCU